AUGUCAUUCACAACUAGUGUGUACUGGGUGUGCCGCCACUGGACGACGCUAGAACUCGACCUGAACUCCAUUGAGCGUGUAGUGGAAUAUCUAGAUCUCCCGCAGGAACCCCCCGGCAUCAUCAAAUCCCACCGCCCGCCCGCCUACUGGCCUUCGUCGACGAGCACGAACAAGGACAAUCUGCUCGUCGUGGAGGAUCUUGUCAUAAAAUAUGCGCCCGAACUGCCUGCCGUCAUAAAGGGAUUAUCCUUCUCGCUGAAGGCGAAGGAGCGCGUGGGCGUGUUGGGUCGGACAGGCAGCGGCAAGUCGACGCUGGCUAUGAGUCUCCUGCGAUUCGCCGAACCUGCUAGUGGCCGUAUUGUCAUAGAUGGGGUCAACAUAAGCACGAUUGGCUUACAUGACCUGCGUUCGCGUAUUACCUUCAUCCCACAAGAUGCGACACUGUUCUCCGGCAUGCUCCACGACAACCUGGACCCUUUCGGCGAGCACACGGAUGCAGACUGCCUCAACGUGCUCGACCGCGUCCAAAUGCUGACAGAUGGCCAAGCGCUUUCACAGCAUGCCUCUCAGGAGGCGUCCCAUGCAGUGUCCCGUGCAGGUUCUCUGCCGGAGCAUGAGCGGGAGCCGACACUCACGUCCGUCUCGACCUUGCGCACCGAGACGGAGGGCAAGACGGUGAUCACGCUUGACACCCAGUUGUCUCCCGGUGGAACGAACUUCUCGCAGGGCCAGCGUCAGCUCAUCGCGAUGGCGCGUGCGCUGCUCCGCCAGAGCGCGAUCUUCAUCCUGGACGAGGCGACGAGCAGCAUCGACUUCGCGACGGACACGAAGAUUCAGGCGACCAUCCGGGAGGAGUUUGGUGACUCUCUACUUCUGACUGUCGCGCAUCGUCUACGGACGGUCAUCGACUACGACCGGCUGAUUGUGCUUGACAAGGGCGAGCUUGCGGAGUUCGACACGCCGCUGAACUUGAUCCAAAUGGAGGGCGGUAUCUUCAGGAGCAUGUGCCUGAAGAGUGGCACAUUUGCGGAGCUGGAGGCUGCUGCGCAGGAGAAGGCC